UAUCAUCAGUCAAAAUUUGCGUAAUGGAUUUGGUCUUUCUCUCCCUUGCUUUCCUCUCUUUACUUUGCUCUCUUUUUUGGCCCUUUUUCUUCUAUGUUCCUUACCAAUUCUCCUUCAAUUUUGGUUCUUUAGAUGAUUAAAUCCACUUAAUCGUAAACCGCAAACAUUGAAAUCGCCAAUACCAAGCUUCUAAAGCUCAAUUUUGAUUCUUUUCUUCCCAUUUUUCCUCUUUUGGCGUGCCCUUUUCGAGAUCGUAUAUGCAAAUCAGGUUUGGUUUGUACUAGGUUUUCUCAUUUUGAUUCCGAUUGUUUUUUGCCAUCAGAAAAGCUGGGUCUAACAAAUGGCGACUUGGCGAUAAACCCUCUUUUCGUUUUGGGAUUUUAAGGCAUAUCAAUUGGACUAUUUCAGCUUUUGGUGAAUUUUCUUUUCUUUUCUUUUCUUUUUUUCUUUUUUUGGAUUUGGUAUCUCCUUUCUGUACGGAUUCAAAAAAUUCAGAAGUUUGUAGUUAAUAAUGAACAGUUCCAGGACUAGUCUGAUUUGUUUGUGGGUUUUGAUUUGAUAGAGACUAUCCUUCUGAUAUAGAAACAGUGCAGUUUCAGCAUUCUUUGCCUCGCCUGUGUCUGCUAAUUCAUGGUUUUUUUUUUCUGGACUUGGAAUUCUUCUAUUUGGAAUGAACUGUGUUCCUGGGCUUUAACGUAGUAUUACGCAUUGGUGGGUCAAUUUUCGAUUGAUUGCAUAUGUUGCCUGAAGUCUGUGGAUUGAGCUUGUUCCUUUCCCUACCAGAUGAUGUGUUUUCUAUUGUGUCACGGUCCCUUACUCCGAGGGACCUUUGUAAUUUAAGCCUGUGCUGUCGAAGUCUACAUGCUUCAACAGCAUCUGAAAAGAUCUGGCUUACACAAUGUGAGAUGGUAGGAAUUUUGGCUGCCAGAGACCUUAUUGAUUGGCGAACCGGUGUGGCGUCCUAUAAGGCACUUUGCCGCUUUCUCAUCAGGAUUGAGCCAUUGAUGGGGAUAUGGGUUCAUCAGAAUCCAGAGCUCGGCAAUGUAGUUUAUGUGAUGCCAGGUUUUGUUUCAGUUGUUGGUUGUAGGAUAAUUCCUCAAGAACUUGGUCCAUUAGGCAUUGAAGAGGGGCCGAUCCUUUGGGCACCUGUUUUUGAAAUCCUGGGCGAUGCUGAUGGCACUGCAUCGUUUUGUCUUCAUGGAAGAGAGAAGGGAAUCGAUUAUUUUUAUCCAGGUCUGGUGAAAGCUGUUGACAAGAAUUGUAAUGUGCUUCUCCUUGAGGUUGACACUAGGUCGUACAAGAAUUAUAGUAUUAACUUGUUGCAUAGUAAGAGCUUUGUUAACCAUUCAGAUCAGGAGUCUAGAAAGGUUUGUAGGUCUAACAGUGAUAGAUCCCAGAGUGUUUUCGGACAACAUGAGUCGAAAGUGCCAUUUGGCCGGUUGGCUUUUAGUGAUAGAAGAAAAUUGCUUGAAACUGUGAUGAGUCAAGUUCGUGUCAAGGUUCCUAAUCCAGUUACUGGACCACUAUUUCCUAGGUUGAGGGAUGAUGAAGAGAACUUCAAGAAAGAUAUGGCGGUGUUAUCAAAAAGGAGGUCUGUACUUAUGCAGUAUCGUAAAUUUGGUGGAAGUCAAAUGUCUUGGAAGGGCAGUUCUGAAAUGUUUCCAAAUCCUAAUCAAUUGGAACUAAGUGAGUUCAGAAAGUCUAUUGACGGUUCUACUGAUCUUCACAAGUCAAUUAAUGGGGACAAUGAUCAGAUAAGAUGCCGGAAGAAGAAAACUAUAGGCAGGUAUUUUACUCAAAGCCUUAAUCAUGUACUUAAGAAGUCUGGCUUAUUCAACGAUGGCAAAGGAAUAUCAAAGAAUGGUUGUUCAAGUAGUAUGAAUAAAUAUGUGCAACUUGAAGAUUUUCUUAAAUCGGGUGAUACAAUUGGAUUGGCAUUGCAUGCUUCAACCAUGAAGCUAUCUUCUUACCGAGGAUGGCCUAAUAUGCAUGAUAGUCGGUUUGCAUUGUAUAAAUUGCCAAUGCGAGCGCCAACUGCUGAGCAAGAGUAUGCUGGUUUAUGGGGAGGAACAUUCGGAUGGCCUCCAGGGAAGCCUACAGAGGACAAACCUGGAAAAGCCCUUUUCUUUCUUUUGCUUUCAUAUGAGAAAUCCCAAGACCAAUUGUUUCUCAUUGCAACAAAAAUAUUGGAAGGCACACAUUAUGUUUUACAUCCUAAUGGUUCUGCAAUGUUCAGAGUGAAUAUUAAUGAACCUUCGGCAGAUCCAUUUCCUUGGGAGUCUGAUGGGGAUCUAUUGCCUGUGAAUGUUCAGCAUACAUUUACGGGAGAGGGGAUUGCCAAUGGGUAUGGAUUUCGAUACCCUGGUUCGAAGCCCGGUUCUCUCUAUGUAUUUCAGAAUGGCCAACUGGCCUUCAUUUGGAAGGAGUCCAAAUCUGUCCUGACCUUGCAGAGAUUGAACUUGCAAGAUCUUUUGAAAAAAGGUGAAAGGAUACCACCCCUACCCCCAAGUGUCAACUUUUCCUAUCUAACAAAGUCAUACUCCAAUGUCUUCGCUGGCUUCCCAAACACUUCAACUAGUUUCUCCUCGCCAAGAGGAACGUGUUCAUAGGAAAUUCAUGGGAUAAAACAUUUGUUGAAAGAAUAUUUUAUGGGUGUCAGUUGAUGGUUCAGCCUUCGUAUUCGUUGCUUUGAGAACAGUUUGUGAUGCUUAAAAGUUCAAAAGAAUCCUUCAACUUCGGGGAGGUAUUCUAUUGUACUACUAUGCCAAUUUAAUAUCGUGGUAUCUUAUUUAUGGUUUUGAAAAGGGUAAAAAAAAAAAAAAAGAAGAAACAAAAGAAAAAUAAUGUGUAUUCAUGUAAGGAUUGUUAUGCCUUUUUAAGAGUAGGGAAAAAGCAGGUGCCUUGAAUCUAAAUAAAGUUUUCUAUAUCCAAUCUUGCUUCCUUA